UCCCACCCUGACCCCCGUGAGGUGAGGAAGACGGACCCCCCAAGCCCUCAGUGUCCGUCAGGACAGUCACAGGAGAGACAUCAGAGCUCGCAGCUCCCGAGCAGAGCUCACGUCUUACCCUGUGGUGCUGAGGUGUUUGCCGAAGCUUCUUCCUUCUCACUCCCUACGCUUUACUUCCAUCCCAAACGAUGGCAAAGAGAGCUCCUCGCAGCCCCAGGAUGGCCUGGGAGAAGAACAAGUCUCCCCAGGAGAGCAACUCUGCCCCACAGCCUGAGGAGGCGGCUGUGGUCGAGCCCCUGAAGAUCGACAUCAGCUGGUUCCCCUUGUACGCAAAGCUGAAGAAAACCAUAGACUUCAUCUGCAAGUUUGUCAGCUGCCCAGAGAAGGAGCACAGCAGGAAGAUGAAUUUUCUGGACAGCGUCAGAACCGUUUGCCAAACUGCCAAGAAGUCCUGCUUGUUGCGAGGCCUGGACAUGUUCUACCGUGGCUACAAGGUGGUGGAGAAGGUCCAGGCGCUGCUGCAAGAGGAAUGCGGGAACGACUACAUCCACUUGGAGCUGUGGCAGAAAGCCAUGUGUGUGGUCACCGAAUUGAGCUCUGUGGAGAGAGUGCUGGAGGGCAAGGAGAAAUUCCUGAUACAAACCUGCCUGACAACGCUCUUGCCCCUUUCUAUAAAAGCAAAGGAGUUUUUCGAGGCAGAAGCAGACACUGAUCCCUGCACUGCGACCCUGGAAGCCCUGGACAGGAUGAUGGAGGAGUUGCUCGGCAUCAUUCCUGUCGCUAGAGUCAGUGAGGAGCUGCAGAACAUCUUCCAGACUCUUCUGGACUUCACCAGCUCAGGGAGAGCAGCUGUGCGCCAGAGGGCCCUGGGCAGGAUCAAGAAGCUCAGUCGCCUGCUGGCCAACAACCCCACCCUGCAGGUCUGGGAGAAACGGACAAGACCCACCAAAAGCCCUGUCUUCUUUGGAGACCUGCCAGUCCCUAACCUGGGACAACUGCUGGGACGUCUCUUCGUUUUCCCACAUUGCGUGGAAGAGAAUGGAACUCCUGAUUUGGAUGCCCUGUGUUCUCUAUAUGAGUUCAUCCGCAAGCAAGAAAGCAGGUCAAUGCCAACGGACGGAGGACACCUCCAGAAAGACACUGAGGAUACCUCUGUGACGGAUUUUCUCGAUGCCAAGGGCAUUCUCAUGAGGCUGGCACGAUACCUCCGAAGCGAGGAAAAGACGGACAUCGUCAUCGCGGCCAUUGAGGCAAUGAACUGGUGGAGUGUCUCUGACAAGGAUGCAGCAAGAAAUGUGGUGGAUGUGGCCAUGGGCACCCCUGAAUGCUGGCUGCUGGAUAACCCCGGGCAUGAGCCUCCUUCUCCCCGCACGCCACUCGCUGCAGCUGCUGCAGAACAAACCAGCCGAGCGAGCCUGCUGCUGAAAGAAGAAAUCCUUUGUUGA